UGAAGAUCUCAAUUCCGACACAAAGGUCAUACCCUCCGACAAACAUUGCCACCGUUCACAGACAAUAUUCCGACCACUCCUCGGCGAAACUUGCGGUCCAACCUCCCAACCGGUCGCUUGGCAUGCAUUCACUGAGUCAUGACUCGUCUCUGACGGUCGCUUCCACGUCUCUGUCUAAGUCGUCGACAUCUACGGCUGAGAUUAACCGUGGACUUGGAAAGAGGUGGAUGGAGAUCCAGGGGUUCAACAAUUGGGAAGGAAUGCUCGAUCCUCUCGACGAAAAUCUCCGGCAAGAAAUCUUACGCUACGGCAAGUUCGUCGAAGCUGCUUAUCGAGCCUUCGAUUUUGACCCUUCGUCCCCGACAUAUGCCACGUGUAAGUUCCCCCGUAAGUCCCUCCUCGACCGUUCCGGCGUCGGAGAAUCCGGUUAUCGCAUAACCAAAAACCUACGAGCCACGUGCGGAAUUAAUCUGCCACGUUGGCUCGAGAGCUCGCCGAGGUGGGCCAAUACGCUGUCCAGCUGGAUAGGCUACGUGGCUGUCUGCCAGGACAAGGACGAGAUCGCCCGGCUUGGCCGCCGUGACGUCGUCAUUGCGUUCCGCGGCACGGGCACGUGCAUGGAGUGGAUCGAAAACCUCCGAGCCACUCUCACCGACUUCCCUGGCGAUGAUGAGGCGCCGACGGGGAUGGUGGAGAGUGGUUUCCUGAGUCUGUACACGUCGGGGACCGCCACGUGUCCGAGCCUGAGAGACAUGGUGAGAGAGGAGGUGGCCAAGGUGGUGGAAACGUACGGCGACGAGCCGCUCAGCUUCACCGUCACCGGGCACAGCCUCGGCGCAGCGCUAGCGACUCUGACGGCGAGUGAUAUCAACGCGGUAUGCGGUGGCGAAACGGCGUUGGUGACCGUCGUUUCGUUCGGCGGUCCGCGCGUGGGAAACACACGGUUCAGGCGGCAGCUAGAGAAAAGUGGGACCAGGGUGCUUCGAAUAGUCAACUCGGAUGACGUUAUCACGAAAGUCCCAGGGUUCGUAAUCGACAACAAUGACGUGGCAUGCCACGUGGGAGGGCUUCCUACGUGGUUGGAGAAGAUGCAAUGGGAUUACGCAGACCUGGGCCGGGAGCUGAGAUUGAGCAGCAAGCAAUCGCCGUUUCUAAGGAAAACUGGCGUUGCCACGUGUCACGAGCUCGGGACUUAUCUCCACUUGGUCAACGGCUUUGUGAGCUCCACGUGUCCGUUUAGGACAACGGCGGAAAUGAUGCUGAGAGACCAGCACAUGAUGAAACUCCGGAAAUUGCAGAAGCUUGGGGUGAAUUAGAUUUAGAUGUUUUUG